AUGGGAUCAUCCACCAUCGGUUUGAAUCUAACUUUUUUUGUUGUUUUCGCCGUUCUGUUGGAUGUUCGAUCAUUUCGAAUCCUGUUGAUUAAUUCAGGCAAGGUUCACGGAUCUCUAGCUCGUGCCGGUAAGGUGAGAGGUCAAACUCCCAAGGUGGCAAAACAAGAUAAGAAGAAGAAGCCUUGUGGCCGUGCUUACAAGAGGAUGCAAUACAACCGCCGCUUCAUUACAGCAGUGGUUGGAUUUGGCAAACAGAGGGGACCUAACUCAUCUGAGAAGUAAGCGAGCUAUGUAGGUGAAGAAGGCGAAAAGCUUUUGAUGGAAUUUAAGUCUUUGUUUUCUUUUGAUAAUGAUUUUAUGAUAGCUAUUUUGAGCUACUGGUUUCAAGGAUUGGAAUGAACUUUUACUU